ACGGCACCGCAGGCGGACGCUAUGAGCCCAACACCCACCGGAACCGCCGGUGCGUCCAGGCGCGGAUGAAGUUGGGAUAUUCGUUUCGUCUUCUUCUAUCUGGACGGAUAAACACCAUCCAGGAUCCAAAGGUCGAUUCUUCCUUCAUUCGGACACGCGCGGACUGACCCAGAAGGUUCCGAUUCGGAUGUUCGGCCGCCGCCGCCGCUGCUGCUGCUGACUCCGUCCCGCGGUACCGAGCCGGCGUCAUGGUGCACUGUGCGGGCUGCGAGAGGCCCAUCCUGGACCGCUUUCUGCUCAACGUGCUGGACCGAGCCUGGCACGUCAAGUGCGUGCAGUGCGCGGACUGCAAGUGCAACUUGACGGAGAAGUGCUUUUCCAGGGACGGAAGACUUUACUGCAAGAACGAUUUCUUCAGGAGGUUCGGCACCAAGUGUGGCGGCUGCUCGCAGGGCAUCUGCCCCAGCGACCUGGUGAGGAGGGCGCGCAGCAAGGUCUUCCACCUCAACUGCUUCACCUGCAUGAUGUGCAACAAGCAGCUCUCCACCGGCGAGGAGCUCUACAUCAUCGACGAGAACAAGUUUGUGUGCAAGGACGACUACGUCACCAACGCCAGCGUGAAGGACGCCAGCCUGCUCUCGGUUACGGCGUGCAGUGACCCCAGUUUAUCCCCGGACUCCCAAGACCCCCUGCAGGACGACGUGGUCCUGAAGGACACGGAGAUGGCCGCCCUCUCGGAUAAGGAAACUGUAAAUAACGAAAACGACGACCAGAACCUGGGCGGCAAGCGGCGCGGGCCGCGGACGACCAUCAAGGCCAAGCAGCUGGAGACGCUGAAGGCAGCGUUUGCCGCGACCCCCAAACCCACCAGACACAUCAGGGAGCAACUGGCCCAGGAGACCGGCCUCAACAUGAGGGUCAUCCAGGUGUGGUUCCAGAACCGUCGUUCCAAAGAGAGACGCAUGAAGCAGUUGAGUGCUCUGGGGGCCCGAAGGCAUGCCUUCUUUAGGAGCCCCAGGCGGAUGAGGACCCUGGUGGACCGCUUGGAACCAGGAGAGCUUAUCCCUAAUGGACCUUUCUCUUACUACGGAGAUUAUCAAAGCGAGUAUUACGGUCCAGGAGGGAACUAUGACUUCUUUCCUCAGGGCCCACCUUCGUCGCAAGCCCAGACCCCAGUUGAUCUGCCCUUUGUGCCCUCUUCAGGCCCCACGGGCACACCCCUGGGAGGUAUGGACCACCCCCUUCCGGGCCACCAUCCAUCCAGCGAAGUGCAGCGCUUUUCCGAUAUCAUGUCCCACCACCCCGGGGACUCUCCGAGCCCCGAGCCCGGCAUGCCGGGGACCCUGCACAGUAUGCCCUCCGAGGUGUUUGGGCCCAGCCCGCCCUUCACCUCGCUGUCUCUAAACGCCAACGGGUACAGCAACCACUUGUCACACCCGCCCACGGAAAUGAACGAAGCCACUGUGUGGUAGCUCUUUGCCAGGCCGGACGCUAACUGGGGUCUCGCGCGGCGGGCUGGAUUCAAACAUGGAUACCAACAGGGUUUGGUCGAUACCACAGGAGUAUUUUUUGUAUCAUUUCUUAUUUAUUAUUUAUUGGUACGAACCAGAUUGGACACGACGGCCUUCAUCUCCCUGACACUGUCGCUUUUCUUCUCGUCAUUUCCUGUUUCACGCUUUCUUUCUUCCCGAGAUGACGUAUUUGUCGGCGGUGGGCGGGGCUACGAGGCAAACCGCUCAGUAAUUAACGUGGCUUUUUUAGCGCUGGCAGAGGCCGGAUCGUUCCGUCUCAGGACAUGGAUGGCUUUGUGGGAAACAACGCUCAAAGUGUGACAGCAUCCAUAAAAUACCGACAUUUUAACCCGAAGGAAAUAGCAGAAUAGAAGAGCUUACUGAAGAAUAGUUCGAGGUAAAUCCGAAAAACAAUAAACGAGAAAGAGCGGAUCCUUUCAAAGAACCGUUCAAAAGACCGGAUCCUUGUUCUGGUUCUUCUAAGAAUUUGUUCACGUGUUUAUAUAAUAACUUGAAGCAGUUAUAAGAAAAGAUUCGGAUAUAAAUAAUUCAAGUUUUUGGAUUCUAUUUGUGGGAAAUAUUCAUUCCAAUAUAUUCUGGAUUGUUUUGAUUGUGAUCCCACUCCUCAGCCUUCCCGGUAAGGUCUAUUCGGGUGUACUGGAGAGGAGGCUACGCCGGAUAGUCGAACCUCGGAUUCAGGAGGAACAGUGUGGUUUUCGUCCUGGUCGUGGAACUGUGGACCAGCUCUGUACUCUCGGCAGGGUCCUUGAGGGUGCAUGGGAGUUUGCCCAACCAGUCUACAUGUGUUUUGUGGACUUGGAGAAGGCAUUGGACCGUGUCCCUCGGGAAGUCCUGUGGGGAGUGCUCAGGGAGUAUGGGGUA